UGGUUCCACACUGCACAUGAGGAUUCCUCUGUGGUAUUUUUGCUGUCUUGGCUUGAGCACAGAUGGUCAAUCCAGCAUCCUUUUAAGCACUCAGGGCUCCAUAAUGUGCUCUGAUAUUCUCCAGGGCGUGUCACUUUAUCUCCCCUUAGCUUGUUCCGGAUAAUCUCACCUCCUUUGCAUUUGACGAGUAACUCAGGACGCUGCAGAAGAAGAGCAUCUCUGCCGGACACGGGUCUUUACUAUUUUUUUAUUUAUUCUUUUACUUGAGGAUCAGAUUUAGUAUCAAACAACACAUCAACAAAUCUGGAGCAGAAGACAUCCUUCUGACAACCGGACAAAGGGGUGAAGAUGAAGAAGUCAGAGAUGUUCGGCUUUGAGCUGGAGGCAGACGACAGGACGGAGGAAGAGAAGGCGAGACAAAAAGCAGAGAAGAAAGAAGGAGUAGCCUCUGCCUUGGGUUUUGGCGGGGAGGCACCAAAAGCUCCGAUGGACACUGAUUACCAAGAGGAAAUGGAACAGACCAAACCUCAAAUCAGAUUCAACCUCAACUUUGACAAAAAGAUUCGAGGAAAGGCUGACAACGGCGGGAAGAGAGACAGUAAGACGUUUAAUAUCGACAGACUGUUUGAAGCUGCAGCCAGCGGAGACGUCAGACAGCUGGAUGGACUGUAUCUUUACCUGCACCAGAACUUGAAGAAACUCUCCGACUCUUUGUAUCAGUCGUACGGUAAAACGGCCCUGAUGAAGGCUCUGCUGCACCUCAGAGAUGGUAAGAACGAGACAGUGGAGCUGAUGAUCGACAUAUCAGAGAAGAUAGGAGACAUUGGAGAGUUUGUGAACGCAGCCUACACUAACAGCUACUAUAAAGGUCAGACAGCUCUGCAUAUAGCCAUCGAGAGGAGAAGUCUCUCCUAUGUGAAGCUGCUGGUCAGUAAAGGAGCAGACGUCCAUGCAAAGGCCUCUGGGAUAUUCUUCCAACCACAUGACGGACCUAACUUCUACUUUGGUGAGCUGCCUCUGUCUCUGGCAGCCUGCACCAACCAGCCUGACAUGGUCAAUUUCCUCAUGGUGAAUGAGCACAUGCGAGCUGACGCUAAGAUGACUGACUCUCAUGGAAACACAGUCCUGCACGCUCUGAUAGUAGUGGCUGAUAACUCCAAAGAAAACACAGAGUUCAUCACCAGCAUGUACGACCAUAUCCUCAAAACCGCUGCCAGCCUGCACCCGAAGCUGAAGCUGGAGGAAAUCGAGAACAAGAAGGGGCUGACACCUCUAAAGAUGGCUGCCAAGACAGGAAAGAUAGGGAUUUUCUCACACAUUUUGAAAAGGGAAUUCCAAGAGACUCACACCAAACACUUGUCCAGAAAAUUCACAGAGUGGGUUUACGGGCCAGUCACCUCCUCCCUGUAUGACCUGGCCUCGGUGGACUCCUGUGAGGGAAACUCAGUGGUGGAGAUACUCGUCUACGGCAGUGAAAUUCCUAACCGUCAUGAGAUGCUCCAGAUAGAGCCUCUGAGCCAGCUGCUGGAGUGGAAAUGGAAGAGAUUUGCUGGUGGGAUGUUUUUUUUCAACCUCCUGGUCUACGUCCUGUACCUGAUGAUCUUCACUUUGGUAGCUUACAAUAAGAAACCUGGUAAACAGCUGCCUUUCCCCAUGAAAAAUACCAUCAGGGAUUACCUGUAUGUUUCUGGCCAGCUAGUGACAGCUGUGGCAAACAUCUAUUUCUUUAUCAUAGGGUUAAUAGACAUGGGGAGGAAGAGGCCGAAGCUGGCAACUUUACUGGUUGAUGGAUAUUAUGAGAUUCUGUUUCUGGUGCAGGGCGUUCUCUUCCUUAUCGCAGCCAGUCUGUAUCUGUUUGGGAGGAAGGAGUACCUCAGCUUCCUGGUUCUGUGUCUGGCUUUCAGCUGGGUCAACCUGCUCUACUUCUCCAGAGGAGACAAACACAUGGGCGUCUACAGUGUCAUGAUACAGAAGAUGAUCCUCAGUGAUAUCCUACGCUUUCUCUUUGUCUACGUUGUCUUCCUCUUUGGGUUUUCAGCAGCUGUGGUCAGUCUGCUCAGAAGUCCUGAUGAGACAGCCACCAACACCACUGCAGUUCAGAAGAAAGGCCGCAUCUAUUCUCACCUUGAUGAAGAUGAGCAGUGUGUGACAGCGAACUUCACAAGCAUCUCCUACACCACGCUACAGCUCUUCAAGUUCACCAUCGGCAUGGGCGACAUGGAGUUCAUCCAGGAGUACCAGUACAUAGAGGUCUUCUACAUUCUCCUCAUCAUCUACAUCAUCCUCACCUACAUCCUGCUGCUCAACAUGCUCAUCGCCCUCAUGAACCGCACCGUAGAAAAGACAACCAUGGAGAGCGCCAGCAUCUGGAAGCUGCAGAGAGCCAUCACCAUCCUGGACAUGGAGAAGAGGCUGCCCUGGUGCAUGAAGAAGGAGCUUCGAUGUGGAGUAGAGAAAAACCUUGGUGGUGUUCUUGGAGAUGAUCGUCGCCGAUGUUUCAGAGUGGAGGAAGUCAACUGGAACAAAUGGAACAUCAACCUGUGCAAAAUCAAUGAGGAUCCGGGGUACUGGGAUCGGGCUCAGCAGCCGGGCUCAGAGAGUCCACACAGACUACCCCGAGGGAGGAGCUUGAGAGGCUUCUUUUCAGAUGGAAGCCGGCGGUGGAGGACGCACCUGUCCACAGAGACGGACCCUCUGAGCAGCACGGCAGUCUAAAACACCAGAGAGUGUCUCACACUGGCUGCAGACUGGAGCAACGAGGCAUUCAAAUCAAGUUUUUAGUUUCAAAUCUUAGAGUUAAGUUACUGCCACAUUUUUACAACUGACAAUUUAAAUGUCAGCUGAAUUUUAAUUUUAUCUUUGAGGUAAUAUAUCAGGGAGAUAUUUCAGAUUUUUGUCCAUCUGAUGGACAUAAUGCUGCAAAAGUGCUGAUUUUUUCUAAGCUAAAAAGCUGCAUCAGGUGCUGCUUGAUUGCUGAGCUAAUCAUGCAUUAAAAAAACUCUUACAUUUAAUCCAAAGGUUUCUGCACAUGCUGUUCUCCCUCCAACUAAACAGGAAACACAUCCUCUCUGCACAAAGGCCAUCACCUGCCGCCACCUCUGGCAUCCUUCAUGGAGAAGUGGUGAUCACCAAGAUACUGAUCCUUUUCCCCGCUGUGUGCCCUUUAUACCAGUCCCAUUUUCAUCACAGCCAGACAAGCUAAACCCUCUGCAGCCUGAUAGUCCUGCAGGUUUCACAGCUUGCUUUGUCGACCCUACUUCCUGUUUUUAUUUGUCAGAGGGAAGCUUGAAUAAAUGACAUGAAAUGAACACCUUCUGCUCUGCCUGAAACAGUUAAAGAUUAGGGGAGAGUGGGGGCAGUUAGAACAAAUCUCUAUCAUCAUAUUACAAACCUGAUAAGUUGUUCCAUAAAUGCACUCCAGGUGUUCAGUCAUACAGUAUCUCUUUUUUCUUUUUUUUUAAAGAUCCUCACUCUCUGAAUGAAAAGGAACUUGAAAAAACUGAAUAUGUAAAUAGAAGUCUGACCAUAAUUGAAGUUAAAAAUACAACUUUAAUGUUAAUAAAUGAAUAUGAUGUCAAGACCAAGACGUCUGCCCUGUACCUUAUGCUCUGCGCACGUUUGGUUAGCCAAGGUAAAGCCAAAAUUAUCAGACACCUCAAAAACUUUUGAGUAGUAAGCUAUUAAAAUAACCAUUAUGACUGCGUAAAACAUUAAAGCAUCUAUUUUACAAUACAGGCUCAUUUAUGCUCCCUUAAUGGAUGAAAAUGGAUGUUCCUUUUAAACAAUACUACUUUCACUGCUGACAGACCUCUACAGCUCCUUGGUUGUGUCCUCUGCCCAGUGUGUCUGAGAUACCAUGAUGUAUAUGUUUGUAGUUCCUAACAACUCACACAAUUUUUGAUAUUUCUUCUGAAAUUUCCAGUAAUUUCUGCUAUUUUCAAAGGAUUCUUCCUUGUGUUUUGCUGCUCUGGCUUGUUUACUACAUUGCUAAACACUGCCCCCACUACUGCUGGUGGUAUUCCAAUGUUGAUAUGGACAGAAAACGCCGAGUGGAAUAAAUCAAACUAUAGCAAUAAGGUGAAAAUUUUCAAGAUUGUCUGGCUGUAGACUGUUCAUCUUUGACCGCCACUCUCACAGACUGUUCAUCUGGGAUGCUGUCUCUAUCAGAACGAAAAUGCCGUAAUUUGCGUUUCAAAUUCAAUUACUUAGAUUGUUCUUUUAGAAAAAAAAGUCUGUCAAUUACAUUAAUGAAAUAAUCACAUUGCAAACAUUACAGACCAUGCAGCAAUUCAUAAAGAAAACAUCAGAGGUCUAAUCUGGGAUUAAAUUAUGAUUAGACAUGUUUUAGAGGCAGUUACAUUGACAGUGGCUCAUUUUAGCUUUGUGAGCUUUAGAUAAAGCUGUUAGCUUUAGAUAAAGCCAACAUAGCUACCCUAGCUAUGUAAUAAAUGUUAUUACAAAAGCUAACACGAGCUUUAGCAACGUGAGCUUUAGCAAUCAAAGCUAAAGCUAAUGAAUCUACCCCUGCUAUAUUAAAGGUUAUUAUAUAAGCUAAUGUGAACUUUAGCCAUACAAGCUUUAGCAAACAAAGCUAAAGCUAACAUAACUACCCUAGCUAUGUAAUAUAUGUUAUUACAUAAGUUAUGUUAACUUUAGCCAUAUGAGCUUUAGCAAACAAAGCUAAAGCUAACAUAACUACCCUAGCUGUGUAAUAAACGUUAUUACAUAAGCUAGUGUGUGCUUUAGCAGCAUGAGCUUUAGCAAACAAAGGUAAUGCUAACAUUACUACCCUAGCUAUGUAAUAAAUGUUAUUACAUAAGCUAGUUUGUGCUUUAGCAGCAUGAGCUUUAGCAAACAAAGCUAGCGCUAACAUCACUACCCUAGCUAUGUAAUAAACGUUAUCACAUAAGCUAAUGUGAGUGUUAGCAAACAAAGCCAAGUGUUUUUGCAGAGGGUUUGAAGACUUGUAUUUAUGUGAUAUUUUGUGUUUUAUUUUUAUUAUAAAUUUGCAAAAAAAUUUAAAAUUGAGUUUUCUGUUCAUCAUUAUGGGUUACUGAGUGUAGAUUAAUGAGAUGAAAAUACAUAUUUUCUACUGUAGUAUCAAGCUGUAUGAUUAACAAAAUUUAAAUAAAGGGUGUCUAAAUACUUUCUAAAUGCACUGUACUAUUAUCAGAACCCAAACAACUCUACCUGACAGUGCUGAAAAUUUGUCCUACUCAUCGAGUAUUCCAAAUGGAGCAAGCUUUCCAUUUCUUAAAACAUGCUAGGACACAUGGAGAUGCAGAUUAGGCAGGCAGCAACACUUUUUAGCAGCUUUUCUACCUCGCUAAGUCAUUAACAUGCAUUUGGAGAGAACAGUUGUAUACUGAUUAGUAAAUAAAAAUUGUGGAGUGAUGGUUUACUUAAGAUGACUCCUAAAACAAAGACAAGUGAUCAGUGUGGGCUUUGCAACUCCAAGAGUGUGGAUCUAUACAACACUUUAAAUGGUUAACAUUUUAAUGGGUAAUUGUUUGUAUUCUAGUUAAUAUAUGACCAAUAAUGGUGUGUUACUGCUGUUGGUUUAAAUGGUAAUGCCUUAAAAAAGCUUAAAACUGUGUUUUAAUAAAGAAGGUCAAACAUGUACCAUGAUAGAAAAAGAAAAUGUUUUAGACCAAAAGCAGAACUUCAUUAAAGACGUUCAGUGUCACCUUUUCA